AAAAGUCCAAGGACAAGUUACGCGCGGAUGUUAUUACACGUCAUUUUCAAUUUCCAGGAUGUUGUUCUCCCUAGUUCUCCUUACUCUGUGUCUUUGUUUCAGUGAAGCUAAAUCAAAUCGCAUAUUACUUCGAGAUGUAGACGUCAUAACCUUAUAUCAUGAUAAAUUUGCCCAGUCAAGAAAAGGUUAUAGAUUGCCACAGCUUAAAUGUGUUGGUGGGAGUGGUUUCAAACAUCCCCAGUAUUACCCUAAGGUUGUCCAGUGUUAUAAUCGUGGAUUCGAUGGUCGUGAUGUUCAGUGGGAAUGCAAAGCUGAACUAGAUAAGAGUGUUUCCUUUGGAGCCAUAAACGUUAACUGUGAAGGCUAUGACUACCCAGAGGACGAGCAUAUUGUUCAUGGCUCGUGCGCUCUGGAAUACGAACUAAAUGUACGAGGUUCUACUCGGGAGAAAAGAUAUCACAGAACAUUUGAAAAAGUGUAUACACAUGCACAAAAUAACUUUGGCUAUUUUAUAAUUAUUGGAUUGAUUGUAUUAGCUGUUAUAAUAUGGUAUUUUUGUAUUAGACCUUCUACAUUUCCAUGCGAGUAUAUCCCACCAACUGGAUUCGAUUUUUCACAGUCACAACAACGACCACCACCUCCAUCUUAUGAUGAGACAAUUUUCAAUGAUGAUGAAGAUAAUUAUACAAGACGACGUCAAGCUCCAUCUGCACCUCCAGAAUACGGUUGGACAUCGAAUGUUAUGGGUUCAUCUCAAUCACGUUCUCGAUGGAAUUGGAAUAAAUCAAACGAUCAAUCCACUUCAUGGUUAUCUAAUGGUUUGGCUGCAGGUGCUGGAUUUCUUGGAGGUUAUUUUAUGGGAUCUAGAUCAAAUACCAAUCCUGGUAAUAGUUUCAGUGGUUGUUCACGAACUAAUCCAAUUUAUACUGAAGAAGAAUCAUUUAUUCGAAAUGGAAAUAGUUUUUCAGAUAUACAUUAUAAUUCUUCAAAUACACAUUUUACACAUGAUCGUCGUUCACGAACUCCUUCACCGGAAACUCAUAUAUCAUCGGGUAAUAUACUAAUGUUGGUUUUUGUUUAUGUGUGUGUAUGUAGAGUAGUUAAUUUGUUUAUCUGUGUACCUAUUCAAUUUUUUUCCUGUAUUUUCUUUUUACUCUUUUAGGUUUUGGUGGUACAUCGCGUAGAUAAUUUACUAACUAUAGAUGAUCAACCAUAUUUACAUUUACCAAAUUAUCAUUCAUCGUCAUCAUCGUCAUCAUCAUCAUCAUCAUCAUCAAGAUGUUCCUACAGAAUUGUUCUCUGAAUUAACUUGAAUUUAUUUGUGUUUAUUCAUUAGUUUUUUUUUUCUAUUUUUAUUAUUUCAAUAAUCAAUAACUUGUGUUCGGUGGGGUGUUUUUCUCUCUCCAACUUUGAACUCAUCAUUAAGUUAACUUAUGUUCUGUUUAUUUGUAUGCAGAAUUUGUAUAAUAUAUUUUAAGUGGAAAUUACUUUGCAUACUUUUAAUAUUCUGGUUUUUGGGCUUAUUCUAUGAUGUUAUUGUUAAGACCUUCGUGUUAUAAAAUUGUACAACGCGGAUGUAGGGUAUCUGUAUCGAUGACUCGUGGGCUAUUCUAAUUGAGUAGGAAUGGUGUGACUUUCUAGCUUACUUCAAAAGAACUUCUUGUGGUUUAUACUUGACGUGGAUCAUGAUAAACAGGUGAAUCAACUUUCUAAGUGAUUGGUUAGAAUAUAUGCUCUCAAUAGGCAAGAUCAUGUAUUAGUAUUAACAGGUUACAGAAGUGCAAGACAAUCACUGCCGUACAAACUUAGUUCAUUGAUGAGCCUCUAUUGUCCUUGAUAAGGAUCUGCAAACUGAACACUUAGUGACCUGUUUACCUGGUGAUUUGACUGGGGCCCGUUGACACUACACCUUAGAAAAUAACGUCUUUAUUGUACCGUCAUACAGGCG